AUGAGAAAUUAUGUCGCAGUUUUGUCGUCGUCUUCGUUGAGUGAAGAAGAUUUUUUUAGAAGUGUGACAAAUUGCGAAAAAAUUCACAUCGAAUCAUUUCAACGAUGUAUUGAAUUGUUGCAAAAUUCCGUCUACAUUUGUUGUGGCAUGAAGAAUUUAGCUCUUGAGUUAUUUGCACGAGAUGUCGAUGCUGGCGGGCGGAUAAAUUAUUGA